UGUGCUCGUGUGAACCCAAAGGAAGUGCAGCAUCACCUGUCAGGAGCGGAGCCGCCUGCAGCAGAAACAGCCUGAAUUCAUCCGCUCUGAAGGCCCAAAGGUCUCCAGGCCGCAUUCCUUCACUUGAGGUUAUAGCGAGCAUGCGGGGCGACUCGUUGUGCUUUCUCGAUUAAAAUGCGGGGACACGAAGAGGCCUUUCCUCGAAGGCUUACAGAACAGAGCAUUUCCUCCCAAGACGCCUGAAUAACACUGAUAAAAUAAAAAAAACUGCUGCUGCUGCUGAUGAGAGGAGUGGCACAGUCAUGACGCUCCGCCCCUCCGUUAACCAGCGAGGAGGAAAAACUUUCUCUCCUCUCACUUUUAACUUUACUGAUGUCGCUGGCGUCCGGCCGAAAGAGAAGCGUAGGGACCAGGAGGGAGCUAGCGUUUUCAAGCCAGGAAGUCUGAACAUGAAGACCUUCAGCGAGUAGAAGGAAGCAAAGACACCAAGAAUCUUUUUUUUGUUUUUGUUUUCGAGUCCAUCAAGAGUGCGGCAUCAUGAAGUCGCUCCGGCGCUUCAGCUUCACUCUGUGGACGCUUCUGGUAUUCAGCGCUCUCCUCCCGAAUAUUGAGGCUCAGAAUUCUGCAAUAGAAACCGCAACAACAGCUCUAGCUGCAACCACAACUACCGCAACUACAUCUGCAGCUACAGCCACGGCAACACUUGUUCCUACAACCGCAACAGCUGUUGAUGCAGCUGUUAGCACAGCAACAACUGCACCAACAACUUUAACCGCUGCGUCAACAACUUUAACCGCUGCACCAACAACUUCAGCUGCUGCACCAACAACUUCAACUGCUGCACCAACAACUUUUACUGCUGCAUCAACAACUUCAACUGCUGCACCAACAACUUCAACUGCUGCACCAACAACUUCAACCGCUGCAUCUACAACUUUAACCGCUGCAUCUACAACUUUAACAGCUUCACCUACAAUCACAGCAACCACAAUAACAGCUACCUCAACAAACACAGUAACCACAAUAACAGCUGCACCUACAAUCACAGCAACCACAAUAACAGCUGUCCCUACAACCACAAUAACAGCUGUCCCUACAACCACAGCAACCACAAUAACAGCUGUCCCUACAACCACAAUAACGCCUGCCUCAACAAACACAGUAAUCACAAUAACUGCUACCCCUUCAACCACAGCAACCAAAAUAACAGCUACCCCUUCAACCACAGCAACCACAAUAACAGCUGCCUCGACAACCACAGCAACCACAAUAACAGCUGCCUCGACAAACACAGAAACCACAAUAACUGCUGCCCCUACAACCACGACGACUGAACGAACAACCAUGACGGCUGAACCAACAACUGCAAGUAAGGCACCUGGAAAUGUGUCGAAUCUCAAUGUGGAAAGUAUCACAACAUCCUCUGUGAAAGUGACCUGGAACAAAACGGAUGAUGCAAGCUACCGAGUAUACUGGACAAAAGGAGAAAUAACAAGCAAUGAAACAGUAACACAAAACUUCAAAAACAUCACAGGACUAGAUCCUGGGGUUCAGUACACUAUAAAUGUUAAUGCUGUUGCUAAUGAUAAUACCACUGAAGGACAUCCUGACAUGGUGACUGUCUACACAAGGCCUGUAAAGCCUGUGAACAUCAGGGUUGAAUCAAGAACAAGUGACAAUAUAAACAUCACUUGGACUUUGCCUGAAGGAAGGGUUGACCAUUACAUCGUGAACAUCUCAAAUGCAAGCAGUAACUACAAUGUCACAAUAACAAACGCCACCACAGCAGCUUUCUCUGGUUUACUUCCUGGAAGGAGUUUCAUUUUCACAGUGACUGCUGUAGCUGGAACGUUCACCAAUACCUCUGAUCAGUUUUCAUUUGCAACAUAUCCGUUGUCUGUCACAUCCUUCAACUUCACCAACAGGACAAACUCUUCUUUAAACCUGCAGUGGGUGACUCCAAAAACGAUGGAUGGUGCUCUUAAUAUCAGCUAUAUUAUCACCUACAAUAAUCCAAAUGACACUGUAUCAAAGAACCGCUCUACAGAGAAGACGAACAUAGAGUUAAAUGGUCUUCAGUCUGGAACCAAUUACACCAUAAGUAUAACAACUGUUGGACCGGAACAACUGAGUAGCUCUCCAGUCACCAAGUAUACUUACACUUUGCCAAACCCAGUGCAGAAUGCAAAAGCCAGCCCUAUUUCUCCAACUUCCAUAAGGGUGAAUUGGUCACAGCCACUGAAUGUCCAAGAAUAUUACCAGUACCGGGUUCAAACCUACAACAGCACAGGAGUACUUGAUAACACCUAUAUCAACAAAAGCAGCACCACUAGCUAUGACGUUCCCAGUCUGGAGCCGGGUUUCUUUUACUCCAUCAACAUCACAACAAUUGUUUCAUCAGACACUGCAUCAAACUCUGUGGCGGUGUCGAGUUACACAAUGCCCAAAGCAGUGACCGAUUUGACUGUGAGCUUCGUGGGCACCACAUCCAUCCAGCUCUCAUGGAAAACACAAAUGAAUUUCAGUAAUUCCUGCAACUAUCUGGUGGAAGCAUUGCUGGGCAGUGAGCGAGUUCAGAAUAGCUCCACGAACUUUAAGAACUUCACCUUCAACAGUCUGACUCCUGGAACCCUUUACACAUUUAAUGUGUUGACAGUUCAUGAAGGGGUAUCAUCAACAAGCACAAGCAAAAUGGAAUAUACAAUUCCUGCACAGGUCUCAGACAUUUUAGUCAUAGGAACCACCUCCAGCUUGUCAGUGAACUGGACAAAAGCAGUUGGGCAGGUUUCCUCAUAUCUUAUCCAGUUAUACAAUAACACAAAUUCCUUGAUAUACAACACAAAUCUGACUAACGAGACUACACAGCAUACAUUUGAGAAUUUGAAACCAGGAGUGCUUUACCAUGUUGAGGUUGUCACUAAAAGUGGACCAAAGGAGAGCAACAGAAGUGUUGUUUACAAUGCAACUUUUCCUAACCCCCCUGGCUCUAUCAUGGUGGAGUUCCAGACCAACAGUUCCAUCAGAUUUAAUUGGUCCCUUCCAGCUAACAUGGACCCUCCCCAGAACUUCACUGUGUUCACUAAAAAUGACUCUUAUGUUACCAAGAACAACUCGUUCCUGUUGGAAAAUCUUGAGUCAGGAUCCAUGUACACAGUUUCUGUAGUCACUGUUGGUGCAUGGGGUUAUAAGAGUACCAUACAGAGCACACAAAACUAUACAAGACCAAAUUCAGUGACGGGUCUGACAAAGACCAAAAUCACCCCUAGUUCAGUAACCCUGAAGUGGAAUCAGGCAAACAGCAAACCACCCUACAUUUAUGAAGUGCAGCUUACAAGUGUUGUUCUUAAUGUAUCACAGUGGAAAGUGGUAAACUAUACAACAAUUACAUUUGAUGGUCUUAAGUCUGGGAGCAAAUACAAUUUUACCGUCACUACAGUUACAGAAGAUUACACUCGAGCAGAGUCUGUGAAGGUUUUCUACUAUACAAGUCCUUAUAAUAUCACAGAUUUAAAUGCUUUUACCUUAAACACAACUGCUGUUUACCUAAACUGGACAAAACCAUACGAGUACAAGGUCGACUUCAAAUAUCGGGUGGAGACAACGGGCUGUCACAACCAAACUACCAACUCAGAAGCAGAAAACGUGACCUUCUCAGAUCUCAUCUCUGGAACCAACUGCAGCUUCUGUGUUACUGUCAUAGCAGAGAAUGGCACUGAAGGGAAAGAGAUCUGCACCACUCAGUACACUAAACCCAAUGUGGCAUUGCUCAAUAUCUCCAAUGAGGGAUUCAAUGAUUCAGUCCUGGUAUCAUGGACCAACCCUCCUGGAAAUGUGGAGAAAUAUAAACUUAAUCUGAACUGCUCCUCAAGUCCAAAUCAAACAGCAAUGCCCAGUUUUAACAACACCUUCCGGUUUUACAACCUGCACGCUGCAGAGCUCUGUAGUGCUGUGAUGAUAUCGCACAGUGGAACAUUCAAAAUACCAUCUGAAAUUGUUACAACUGCAACAUACCCAAAUCCUCCUGGGAAUAUUGGCAUCCAGAAGCAAUCUACCAGUUCUAUUGAACUGCAAUGGGGACAAGCACCUCAUAUGGAACAUGCAUUCAACUACAGCUACAAGUUGACCUACAAUUAUUCUCAGAACGAAAUUCCUUCUAACAAGACAAAUUACAUUUUGUCCCAACUUCUGUCUGGGACUUCCUACAACAUUUCUGUGACAACUGUGGGACCAAUGUAUUUUGAGAGUAAAUCUGUUGACAUAUACGUGACCACAAGACCUCACAACGUGAAGUCUCUCAAACUUGAUCCUGAUGAGGAACGUAUCAAUUUAAGUUGGAUCCUACCUGAUGAGUAUAAGGAUACAUAUCAUUUUUUUGUCACCUGGCGAAGCCACGAUUGGACUUAUGUUAGGAGCGCCACAACUGGUGGAACUUUAUAUAGCAUCCCUGAACUGACUCCUGGUACUGACUACAACAUCAUCAUCAUCACUAAGACAUCUGAUGGAACAGAAUCUGCCAUAGAAACGGUGUCCAACUGCACAAAUGCAAGUCCUGUGAAGAACUUAGUAUGGGAUGGACCAAACUCUGGAGAUGCAAAAAUUAUUCUGGACUGGGACACGCCCAAUGGAAACUACUCUAAUUUCAAGUUUACUGUAACCAACACUUCCACCCUUUCUUAUGCGAACGGUCCUAAACACACUAUUUCUAACCUUACCUACCAUUCUAUUUAUGAGAUUAAAGUAGAGACUCAGAGUUGUGGAAAUCCUAGCACUCCUCAGUGGAUAACAUGUCAGACAGGAGUUGCAAAGCCACCAGCCAUUUCAUCAACCUUUGUGAAGCAGGUGUCUAAAACUCACAAAACAUUCACACUUAGUAUUGAAACUAACCUGAUAAACAACUCUAAAGGACCAGUGACUCAUGUUGGGAUUCUGGUAACAAGCGAUGACAUUGCCAGCAUUCCUGAUCUUGAAAAAUUCCUGGUGAAUACAUACCAUGAAUGGAAAUCAAAGUCUGCAAAAGCAUAUCUUGCAACAGUAAUGACCUAUACCCAAACGAUCCGCAGAAGUUCUGUUACCUUGGACUUUGAGAUAGGAAAUGGAUCAAAGUGGGAAGGCUAUGCUAAUGAUCCUCUGGAUCCAACUGGAAGUUACAGAUAUGCCGUAGUGGUUUGCACCUAUUUGGUUGUGGACUCAGGAAAAAUUGACACCAGUAAAUCAGUGUGUUCUAUAUCAGAUUUGUCUAUUGUGAUUAUUCUCGACAAAGACCCAGCUAUCACCUAUAUUGCUAUUGGAGCAACGUUGGGAAUUUUUGGAGUUCUCUUUGUCAUCCUUAUUGGUUUUAUCAUCUAUUGGAAAAGGUUAUCCCGUAAGGAGUCUCCUGACAUCCAGAUUCAGUCAAUGGAGGGGAAAGUAAGUGUGGCUGUGAGAGUGGAGGACUUUGAAGCUUACUACAGGAAGCAGAAAGCUGACUCCAGCUGUGGCUUUGCUGAAGAAUUUGAGGACCUGAAGCCUGUUGGUACAGCUCAAGCCAAACUACAUGCACUGGCUCUUGAGAACAAGCCUAAAAAUCGCUACAACAACGUGCUUCCUUAUGACUCCUCAAGAGUGAAACUCUCUGUUGUCUAUGGAAGUCCAAAUGAAGAUUACAUCAAUGCUAACUACAUGCCGGGUUACCUUUCCAGGAAGGAGUUCAUCGCAGCUCAGGGACCUUUGCCUGCAACAGUCAACGAGUUCUGGAGGAUGGUCUGGGAGAAGAACGUCCAAACUGUGGUCAUGCUAACACGCUGUAAUGAACAAGGAAGAGUUAAAUGUGAGCAGUACUGGGGUCCUGGCACCAAAUACUAUGAAGACAUCAUUGUGACAACAACUUCUGAAAUCCAACUUGAAGACUGGACCAUCAGGGAUUUUGACAUAAAAAAUGUGAAAACAACAGAAGUCCGCUCAGUCCGCCACUUCCAUUUCACAGCGUGGCCGGAUCACGGCGUUCCAGAAACCACAGAGCUUCUGAUCAGCUUCAGACAUCUGGUCAGAGAGCACAUGAACCAGUAUUCCAGAAACUCCCCCACAGUGGUUCACUGCAGUGCUGGAGUUGGGCGCACAGGCACCUUCAUAGCCAUUGAUCGCUUGAUCUUCCAGAUCGAAAGGGAAAACAUUGUGGAUGUGUACGGCAUUGUUCAUGAUCUGCGAAUGCACCGGACCCUUAUGGUGCAGACGGAGGACCAGUAUGUCUUCCUAAACCAGUGUGCCUUGGACAUCAUCCGGGCGAGAACAGGGAACAAUGUGGAUCUAAUCUACCAGAAUACAGCUGCCAUCUCAAUUUAUGAAAACGUAGAACCCAAAAGGGGAUAUUAGUCUGCUUUUUCAUUUCUUUACAUCUCUCCCUUUCUUUUUGGGUGAGAAAUAACUGAGCAAACAAGUAUAAAGGGAAUACGUUUGUUAGAAACAUCAACCUUUAAGGGUUUAAUCCUCUUUUUUAUAUUUAUUCGUUAAAAAAAUAGAGGAAACUGCAUUUUUUUUAUGCUUCUGCCUUAAAUUCUCAUACCUGCAUAUUCUUUGCACUGCACAAUUAUUAUAAAAUUGCUUUCUACUGUAAAUGACUCACAGAUUUUUAUUUUGCUCAGGUAGUUUUAUUGUAUACUGUUUUGGUAUUUUUAAAUAAACUUUUAAAUCGAACUGUACAAAACAAAGGCUGGUGGUAUGUGCCUUAAAAACAGCAUUCAUGCGUUUACACCAGUAGAGGGCACACUUGUCUUAUUUUUUCUAGUUAUUAAACAGGGAUAAUGUGAUAUUUUAAAGGAAUUUUAAGUUAUUCUCUCCUUGCCUAACUAACUGUAAGCCAAUAUGAACUGUGCAAUGUGAUUUAAUGAAGGAGUUUAUUUGUUUUGGUCUCUUUUUGUAUUUAUAUGCACUGCAAUGUGACAAAUGCACUGGAUGCAUUUAUGCAUUUGUCCCACACUGUCCACUAGAGGUGUUUCUUUUCAAGUAAUUUAUGUUAUAUUCUGGCCAGUGGUUCUUGAAAUGGAAUAUUUAUCUUAUUUCUCAUUUCAUCUCAGGAACUUCUUUCAAGAAGAACAUUUUACUGGCUGUAUUUGUGUUAAAAUAUAUAUAAUGCACCAGUUUGUAUUAUUAAUAAAGACAUUAGUUCAAUUGUCUUUUUUGCUCUUUCCUAUGCUGUACAUUCUUUAGAAAAACAUGUUUUUUCAUUUCCUGUGACAUCUCUUGUCCAGCUAUGGCCACUUCCUCUGUAUUAAAAGUCACUGGAGAAGCAAAAAUGUACAUAUUUUUGUGAGUCUUCCAAACAGCAGGAUUUUCCAUUAGCUUGGUACCUUUUUUUUUCUUUUUUUUCCACAGAUUGAUUUGUAGCACUUAUGUUUUAAUGAGAAAUAGGAACAUAAAAGGAACAUUUUUUUAGGAUGUUUUAAAAUGCUUUAUGAGAUGCUUGCUGGUUCAACGCAACUAUGUAAAAUGAGCUGAAGAUAUGUACUUCUUAAAUAUGUAAAAUUAAAUGGGAUUAAAGAUGUUGCAACAUUGUGGCAGCAAUCUACUCUUUAUUAGAAUCUAUUUGCUUCAAUGCCAAUAAAGCUAAACUGUCUUGCUAAAA